GGUCUAACCCACCGGGCCCGAGAGUUGUAUAAAUAGCUGUUAGACCUGUAUAAAUAUAUAGCAGUAUGUAGUUAGAAUUACAAAAUCUGUAUUAGUGAAAUCUGAAAACACCAUGGAGAGAUUUUACACAUGCAGUUGUUUUUUCAGAGAUAAUAUUUUUCUUGAAGAAUACAAACUUCACGUGCGUUUCGUCUCAGAGAACCAGUUCAGGAAGGACUAUCAAAAUAUCCUCAGAUCCCUGGGUUGUGUGUCUGAAUCUCAGUUCAGAGACGUGCUUGGAAAGAUUCAUGCGGAAAUCGAGAGACGCCAGCAUUAUGAAUUGAAAUCGGCAGCGAGAGCAGCUACCAUCAAGGAGAUUUAUACACCUCUACAUCAACAUGUUUAUUAUUUGCAGGAGUCAUUCCUGGCCCCAGAAUUUUUACAGUUGGUAAAUUACUGUACUUCUACUGAUGCAACCAUGGAAGGACUGAUGAAUCUCAUUCAGACAGAGGCAGCACCAAGGGUCUUCCGAUUCCCGGUGUUCCGAAAGGAAUUCUGCAAGGACUUUAUAGAAGAGCUGGAGCAUUUUGAACAGUCUGACGCACCGAAGGGCCGGCCGAACACCAUGAACAAUUAUGGAAUUCUCCUCAAUGAACUGGGCUUUGAUGAGAGUUUCAUCACCCCACUGAGGGAUGUCUAUCUGCAUCCAUUCACGGCUCUGCUCUACAGCGACUGUGGAGGAAGCUGUCUGGACAGUCACAAGGCUUUCGUGGUCAAGUAUGCUAUGCGUGAAGACUUGGACCUUAGCUAUCAUUAUGACAACGCUGAAGUCACUCUCAAUGUAUCACUGGGGAAAGAUUUCACGGAAGGGAACCUGUUCUUUGGAGACAUGAGACAGGUGCCUCUGAGUGAGACGGAGUGUGUGGAGGUGGAGCAUCAUGUAACUGAAGGUCUGCUUCACAGAGGCCAGCACAUGCAUGGAGCUCUACCCAUCUCCUCAGGCACACGCUGGAACCUGAUCAUAUGGAUGCGAGCUUCACGUGAGAGGAACAAACUCUGCCCUAUGUGUGGUAAGAGACCCACACUAGUGGAGAGUGACGGAUUCAGUGAUGGCUUCACCAUGGACCCUGACGACACUAGUAGUACAUUGUCAUGUUCUUUAACAUGAUGUUGUUCAAUGCAUAUGGGUGCUGUUCUAAAGAUUUUUGUCUAAUUUAUUGUACUCUGUUUAGUGGGUCAGCAAUCGGUAAAAUGAUUUUGGUGCCUUCUUCAAAAUCAGUACUAAAGGUAUAAGAGUUGAUUUAUGCUUAUGGGUAAUUUUGACUGUAAAUGACCUGAUUAAAUAUCCAAAUGAUUGUAAAUGUAGUGGUUUUAAACCUGCUGUUGAUGUUAGUCAAUGUCUUAUCUUAGGAUGAACUGUUAAUAUAUACAAGGAAUUUGAGAUGUACAAUAAAAUAAAUAAACAGACAAACAAACAAAAAUAAGAAUAAUA